CGCAGACCUCGCAGUGUCAUCAUCAUGUGAACAGGAAGGAUGUGGAAAAUGACGAUCAACACUGUCUUUAUAUAGAGUUGAGAUUGCAGGUUUCUCAGCUGUCUCUUCACAUCACAUCACAAACUGGCAAGAAGAAACUGAUCAAAUCUACCGAACUGCUCUGAGCUGUGGAAAAAAUGAAACUCGAACAGGAAAACUGGGAAGUCAUAUACAAUCAGUUCUGCCCUAUGGAUCUCGGCUUAUUCCAGGCUGUGGAGAGAGAAAGGGUCCUGGAGGUUCUUCAGCGAGACAAAGCACUUCGAACCAUUGAGGCAGACAGAAUCAGGAGGCUGAAGGUAGAUCUUCAAGGUGUCUGUCGACAGACUGCCAAAACCAUCAUGCGUCCCUACGGUCAGAGAUCAUGCGCGCGAUGUCAGCGGAUUCUUGGGAAGUUUUGGGACUGUGGUUCGGUGUGCUGUGGAUGCAGCCAUCGCAUCUGUAAACACUGUCGGGUCGUCCGGUCUGCACAGGAGUGGAAGUGCACAAUGUGCCAUGCAUACAGGGAAUUUAAGAUCAAAUCUGGUGAAUGGUUUCAGGAACAGCAAGCAAAGAAAUUUCCGGAUGUCAGAGAAAACAGUCAUGAAACCAUCGGAGACAAACUAUUACAGUCUUAUCAACGGCUAAGCUUUAUUGCUGUCGUGCCUCCAACUCCUCCUCCUGUUUAUGAACCCCCCGUCAUAUAACAGAUUGAUUCAUUUAACAGAACAGGUAAAGAGAGUAAUAUGUUUUUGUUUGAUCUCAAAAAAUCUAAGCCAUUUACUAAAUCUGUGGAGAACCUGAUGGUGUCUGUCAGUGCUCACAUAAAAAAGUUCUCCAAAUCCCAGAAUGAUUUGAGUGUGGAAGUGGAUCAGCUGACUGUGGAUCACGGACAGCUGCAGAACUCAAGACACAAGAGCCGAUCAGAGAGUGCCAUCAAUAAAGUCAAUCUGUGCAAAGUACCCAGUCUACCCAAUCUGUCCCAGAACAGCAGAGGCAUCGAGCAUUAUGCUUCAACAAGUACACUUUACCUUACAGAUGACGACGCUUCGUAUACAUCCGCAUACAGCGAUGAACAGAGGGACAGCAACAGCAGCACGGGAAUGGAUUGUGGGAUCUUCGAAAACACUAGUGUGACUGGAGAAGUGGAGGUUGCCUUCGCUUACAACAACAGGACGUCCUGUUUGGAGAUAACUAUCAAAGCCUGCAAAAAUCUGAUGUUUGGAGAUAUGAAGAAGAAAUGUCAUCCGUAUGUAAAGGUCUGUUUGCUUCCAAAGAAAUACCAUGAUUAUAAGAUGAAGACAGCAGUCAAGAGGGGAAAUAACCCGGUUUACAACGAAACCUUUACAUGCGUGGUCGCUGCUGAGCAGCUGGGCAGCAGCAUAGUUCAGGUGUCAGUGUGGCACAGCCGGGGACUCAAGCGCAAGCUCUUUCUGGGUGAGACGCACGUCUGUCUGUCUGACUUGUGUCUGGAGAGCACAGACACUCAGCGCUCGGUCUGCUACGCACUUGGUCCAAAGGGUCAUCCACUGGGUGGCGAUGAAGAACUGCUGCUUAAAGCUCAGUUCCAGUUCCUGCCACAGACUUACCCACAUACAACCGAUGUCUUGAUUGGAGCUGCAGGACAGCUCAAGGUUGUCAUCACUAAUGCAUCGAAGCUGAGCACUUUGUCAAAAACGGCUUACAUUGAGGGGAUCCUUUGCCUUCCUGGAGACCGAGAGCUGGUGCAGAGAACUCCGGCGCUGAAGAAGACUGCCAGUUCUGUCCAAAUGAACUUCAGCAGAUUCACACGUCAGGAGCUCCAGCAGGCCGCGCUGCAGAUCAACCUUUGGGAGAAAAAUACCUUCAGCCUCACUGACCGUUUAAUGAGAUCAGCACGACUAGCCGGAGAAUCGUCAUGGCAACGUCUGCAACAGAUGCCAGGAGAGUGGCAUGACUUCGUUCUUCCACUUCAAGCAAAUGUCAGCACAAGCAUGAGGUCAUGAAUGAAGAACGUGGAUCCUUUCCAUCAACCCACAGAUCCUGGCAAGUGACAGCUGUGCCUACAAGCUCACGAAGAACCAGAAUCCUGACAAACAAAUGCCCAGAUUGCCUUAAAACUGCCUCAUUCUCAUUUCUUCAGACAAUUUUCUUUGUUGUUGUUUAAUUUACAGUAUUUCGUAUUCAUUUCAUAAAUUAUUUAAUAAACAUUAAUGUUAAUUGCUAUAUAUACUGUAUAAAUGAACAUUAAUAGUAUUUACUAAUUGCCAUUACAAAUCAACAAUGAACAGCUUAACAAACAUUAAUAAACUGUUAAAAAUGUUCAUUGUUUGAUGAUUCCUCAUACAUUGACUAAUGCUACCAUACAGAACCUUACUGUAAAGUACUACAAGCUCACGAAGAACCAGAAUCCUGACAAACAAAUGCCCAGAUUGUCUUAAAACUGCCUCAUUCUCAUUUCUUCAGACAAUUUUCUUUGUUGUUGUUUAUUUUACAGUAUUUCGUAUUCAUUUCAUAACUUAUUUAAUAAACUAAAUAUAUCCACAAAGAUGGCAUGUUGU